AUGGCGGGGCUUAACGUUGAUGACGUUAAAGUUUCCCUCCAGAAGUUUGGCCUGUACGAUUACGUGGUGUUUGUGUUGAUGCUAAUGAGCUGUGCCAUGAUUGGAAUUUAUUUCGGGUUUCUCAAGAAGAAAGCCAAGAAGGGUGAAGCUGAGGCCGACUACUUAGUGGGCAAUCGACAGAUGAAAGUCAUUCCGAUAUCGUUGUCCUUGAUAGCGAGUUUCAUCUCCGGCAUAUCACUGCUCGGCACACCAACCGAGAUUUAUCUUUACGGCGUGCAGUACAUGUACAUUGUUGGUGGAGUGAUCUCCAUGGGGUUCAUCAUGAUGUACUUCUAUCUGCCCGUUUUCCACAACCUCAAACUAACGUCCACCUAUCAGUAUCUGCAAACUCGCUUCGAUCGACGGAUGCGUCUCUUUGGUUCAAUUCUUUUUACCUUGGCCACGAUGGCGUGGCUUCCAAUAGUUAUCUACGUUCCGGCGCUCGCAUUCAACCAGGUGACGGGCAUCAACGUACAUCUCAUCACACCCAUCGUGUGUGUCAUCUGCAUCUUUUACACCUGCGUCGGAGGAUUGAAAGCUGUCGUAUGGACCGAUGUCGUCCAGACGGUGCUCAUGUUCGGCGCCAUGGUUCUGAUCAUAGUCAAAGGAACACUGGACGUCGGCGGUCUGUCGGUGGUGAUGGAUCGCGCAAAGGCAAGCGGCCGCAUAGAAGGACCAGAUCUGCGCUUUGACAUGACUACACGCCACAACAUCUACUCGUGCGUCAUUGGUGGUGUUGUGUACUGGCUUAAAACGAACGCCGUUAGUCAGAACAUGAUACAACGAUAUCUUUCCCUUCCCUCGAUGGCCGCAGCCAAGAAAGCUCUCUGGACAUUCAUCUUUGGAACGUUGGUACUGCUGGCGUUGUGCUGUUACAGUGGGCUGCUUAUCUACGCCAAGUACUAUGACUGUGAUCCGCUCACAACCAAACUAGCCAAUGCAAAGGACCAGCUAUUGCCACUGCUAGUGAUGGAUACGUUGGGGGAUUUUCCAGGACUUCCUGGGCUUUUCGUCGCAGGCGUGUUUUCCGCUGCCUUAAGCUCACUAUCCACAGGGUUAAACUCCAUGUCCGCUGUGGUGUUGGAGGAUUUUUUCAAACCAUUCUCCAAUCGACCUCUUUCCGAGAAACAAACGUCCAUUAUCAUGCGAGCAGUGGUGGCAGUUUUCGGUGCAAUGUGUGUUGCUUUGGUGCUGGUGGUGGAAAAACUCGGCUCCGUGCUACAACUGUCCAUGAGCCUUGGUAGCGUCAGCAAUGGUCCUCUGUUAGGAAUAUUUACGCUAGGCGUUCUAAUUCCAUGGGCAAACGGAAUAGGAGCUAUAGUAGGUGGAUCGGUAGGGCUAGCUGUGAUGAUUUGGAUCUGUCUUAAAGCUCAGUUAGCCAUAGCGACUGGAGAGCUUGCAUUCGAGCUUAAACCAGUAGACACUCGAGGUUGCAGUUAUCAUUUUAUAGCCACCGAACCAAUGAGCAUGUUGGCGAUUAAUACCACAAUUCCACCGAUCGAAUCCACCCCAGUUGAACCGGAGUUUGCACUGUAUCAUAUAUCCUACCUAUGGUACACGACGAUGGGAGCACUGAUCACGAUCGUCAUCGCCGUCAUCGUAUCGUUCAUCGUCGGUCCCAACAAACCGGACGAGAUGAAUCCCAAUCUCUUCUCGCCAUUCAUACAACGGAUCCUGAUCCGGCGCCGGAUAGCAGCGCGCACCCAGCUCGAAAUGGCAACCGGUGGCAUCAAAGAGAUUAUCCAAUGA